AUAAGGUCCGUUGAAGCCAAGGAGUAUUUUCAGGUAUGCCCAUCAAGUAAUUAAUUUAGCACCAAGAAAUAAUCUAGUGAUAUAGGCAGCAAAUUGAGUGCAUUUCUCAUUAGCUACUAGCCUACUACACCAGUCAAAGUGCAGUAAUUUCCCAAUAUGGGAAGUAACUCAAGUAAGACAUUUGUGGAACACCUCCAGCACCAGUCUAACAUAGGAACAAAUAGUAACAAGGAUAUCUUAGUCUAACGGUUAAGAACUUAAGAUUAAUGUGCAGUGAACGAUAGGUUACAAAUUAGAACCCCUUCACCUUCUUUCUACUUUGUACUACCUUCAUGGCUCAUAUGGAUAAAAAAAAAACCAACAAAUAAUCUAUUAUAAAAGAAUUUCUUGUCAACCUCUUUCUGAUAUCAUCUAUCUAUCUGAUUCGGAACGGAAGAACUUGCAUCAGUAUCUCAAUUUCAAAGGUUACGCAGCAGUAUAAUUGAGGAAAUCAGAAACAAAAAAAUGGGGUUUACCAUUACCAUUACUGCCACCUUAAGUCAAGUCCAACAGCAACACAAUAUCUCUCCUAACAGUAACAACAUCUCUCUUAAGCAAUUUCACAAACAGGUGGUUGAUCCCAUUGUUCCAUGGACCUCUUCCAUAGCUCAUCUCUGUAAAAAUGGCAAACUUUCUGCAGCAGUAAAUGAAUUCACUCGAAUGCGAAUUUCUGGCAUUGAACCUAAUCACAUUACUUUCAUCACUCUUCUCUCUGGCAUUGCUCAUUAUCCAUCACAAGGUCAUCACUUUGCAGCUUCAAUGCACGCCUAUGUUCUUAAAUUGGGGCUUGAUAGGCCUAACGUUAAAGUCGGUACCGCCAUCGUUGAUAUGUACUCAAAAUGUGGCCUUGUGGAAUUGGCAAGACUCACUUUUGAUCACAUUUUCCACAAGAAUUCUGUGUCCUGGAAUACUAUGAUUGAUGGUUAUAUGAGAAAUGACAAGGUUGAUAAUGCACUUCAACUGUUUGAUGAAAUGCCUAAAAGAGACACCAUUUCUUGGACGGCUUUAAUUGGUGGAUUUGUGAAAAAGGGCCUUUAUAAGAAAGCUUUGCAAUGCUUUUGUGAGAUGCAACUUGAUGGGGUUGAGCCAGAUUAUGUGACUGUCAUUGCGGUGCUUUCGGCGUGUGCUAAUCUAGGUGCCCUUAGUUUAGGGUUGUGGACUAAUAGGUUUGUUAUGGGGAAGGACUUUCAGGAUAAUAUUCGUCUGUGUAACACAUUCAUAGAUAUGUAUUCACGAUGUGGACGUGUAGAUUUUGCUCGUUAUAUUUUCGAGAAGAUGUCAACUCGUAGUUUGGUAUCAUGGAACUCAAUGCUAGGUGGAUUUGCUGCCAAUGGCCAUGUUGAGGAGGCAUUGACACUUUUUGAUAGGAUGCAGAGGGAAGGAUUCAGUCCAGAUGGAGUAAGUUUUACAGGAGCUCUCACUGCUUGUAGUCAUGCUGGUUUUGUAGAUAAAGGGCUCAAGUACUUUGAUGACAUGAAAAGAGUUCACAAUCUUCCUCCUCGUAUUGAGCAUUAUGGUUGCUUAGUUGAUCUCUACAGCCGUGCAGGGAGACUAGAAGAUGCAUUACGUGUAGUCAAAAAUAUGCCGAUGAAGCCAAAUGAAGUUGUUUUAGGAUCGCUGUUGGCAGCAUGUAGAAAUUGUGGGGACAUUGGCUUAGCAGAGAUGGUUAUGAAAUUUUUGGUUGAGUUGGAUCCUAGCUCAGAUUCCAACUAUGUGAUGCUUGCAAACAUGUACGCUGCUGUUGGAAGUUGGGAGGGAGCAGGUAAGGUUAGAAGGAAAAUGAAAACUCGGGGGAUACAGAAGAAACCCGGAAUAAGCUCAAUUGAGAUAGAGGGUGGCGUUCAUGAAUUCAUGGCCGGUGAUAAAUCUCAUAGUGGGACAGAUUCAAUCUACGAAAUUAUGGAGCUUCUGUCUUAUGACCUGGGGAUAUAUGGAUAUAUUCCAGAAACUUUGUUACCAGAAUCAUAAGAUCAAAUUGCUUCUCUAUCUCUUAAAGCACUAAGCUUGCAGGAAGGUAUCCUGCUCCUAAAUAAGCUGUUACAGGGCAAGUGACAACUAAAGUUCAUGUAUUCAGCUUUGGGGUGGUACUGAUGGAACUUCUGACGGAUUAAAGGCACUCGAUGAGGAACGAUCUGAAGAGAGUCGGUAUUUAGCUAAGUGAUUUUGGAUAUCAAAGGAGAAGCAUAUGAGAUCAUAACCAUCAUAGCUGAUCAUGCAGGGCACUGCACUGCACUGCACUGCACUGCACUGCACUGCACUGCACUGCACUGCACUGCACUGCACUGCACUGCAUGGCCAUCGGCCAGAUAUGGAGCAUGCUCACUCGUUGAUCAAUUGAAGGCGUUUGCUGAUGACUUGGAAGACUAUUCAGGCAUCGAUUUCAAUCUGCCACUCCGAGUGAUGUUACACGGCUGGCAGAAUGAAGCGGGAUAUAAGCAAGAGAAAUUGCUGCAGCACAAGAGUGAAUACAUCGAGUUUAUACCAGGGGAUGUAUACCUGAUAGGUCUACUGGAUUUGCAGACUCCUGUACUUAAGAGCCGAUGCCCGUCAAUUUAUUAGUCAAUUCAGUUUGCUCCACUGUAUAAAUAGAUAAUUUUUUUCCUCUCUUUGGAAUGUCCACGAUUUUUUGGUACCUUUAUUUUUGUUUUGUGGCUGACAAAGAA